UCGAUUUCAGUUCUCAACAAGUUCACUGAGAAAAAGGAGUUUCCAAGAACUGAAAGAUGGCUUCGAGCAUUGGAAUCAUGGAUUCGGCUUACUUCGUCGGCAGAUCUGAGAUCCUUUCAUGGAUCAACUCCACUCUCCACCUCAAUCUCUCCAAAGUUGAAGAGUCUUGCUCUGGCGCGGUCCAGUGCCAGUUGAUGGAUGCGGUUCAUCCGGGGAUGGUGCCGAUGCAUAAGGUCAAUUUCGAUGCUAAGAGCGAGUACGAAAUGAUCCAGAACUACAAGGUUCUUCAGGAUGUCUUUAACAAGCUCAAGAUCACCAAGCAUAUUGAGGUGAGUAAGCUUGUCAAAGGUAGGCCACUUGAUAAUUUGGAGUUCAUGCAGUGGAUGAAGUGGUACUGCGAUUCGAUCCAUGGAGGAGUUCUACACAAUUAUAACGCUUUAGAGAGGAGAGAAUUCUGCAAGGGUGGGAGAGAAGCUAGCAAGAAAUUUGCAGCCUCUCAACCUUCAGCCAAGGGUUCAAUGGCUGCCUCCAGAUCUCAAACCUCUCAUAAUGCACGAAGAAAUGAAGUUCCUGCUACUGUCAACUCUGCAAAUCAAUCAGGGAAAACUUCAAGGCCUUCCUCUAGUUGUGGAGCAGCAGUAUAUGAUGAGAAGAUCACAGAGUUGAAACUUUCAAUUGACAGCCUUGAGAAGGAGAGAGACUUUUACUUUGCUAAAUUAAGGGAUAUUGAGAUUCUAUGCCAGAGUCGUGAAAUACAGGACUCUAAUGUUGUGAGUGCAAUUAAGAGAAUUCUGUAUGCUGGAGAAGAUGAUGCAUCAGUAGUGGCAGAAGCUCAAGAAAUGGUGGUAAUAACAACUCAGAAUGAAGCAAAGGAAACAACUGAGACUGCUGAAGAGAUUUCAGAUGAGAGAUCAAGUUUUGAAACUCAGAAGAGGAAAAAUAUCCUGAAUCUUGAUGUUGAUGCUGUGGGUAUUACAGCAUUGUCGCCCAGGCAGAGAAUUUCAGGUGUUUCUGAUGUUCAUUGCAGUGGUUCACCCCUCAUGACUUACUGAUGAAGGAUCGAACUAUUCUUCAGCAUGUGAAUUCUUCACUUUCCAAUCCAGCAUUCCACAGUGCAAACGCAAUCAAUCCAGGUGCAGAAAUCUGAAACUUUCUGUUUCAAUAAUUUAAACUGUUAUAGGAUCUGUAUACUCAACCAGAUUGAAUUAAAGUAUUUUCAUGGCAGAUCAUAGGGCGGGGGAAAAUCCUAAAAAGUUGGAUUUCUCUUAAAAAGAAUUGUUUUAGUCAUGUCAAAUGACCAUUCUAGAGGAUUUGCCAAGACAACGAACCCCUCUACAUUUCAUACAAUAGUACGAUAUUAUGCAUUUUGA